CACAUUUCUGUAUCAUUUCGGCGGGAAAACUGAAUUAGGGGCUAGGGUUUGAGAAGAGAAGUAAAAUGAACGGUCAGUCGGAGAAGAAGAAGAAGAAAGCAAGAAUCACAAGUGAAGACGGAGAAGACAGAAUCAGCAAAUUGCCUGAUGAAUUGCUUCAUCGAAUCCUCAAGUUUGUAGAUACCAAAUUUAGUGUUCAAACCAGCGCUCUCUCCAAACGAUGGAAGCUUGUAUGGACUACUCUCCCCUUUCUCAACUUUAAAUGGGACCAACGGUCUUCAGCCGCCACCGCAAGUAAUUUAGCCCGUCAAGUUUUCACUCGUCGAAACCACGGGGUCCAGAUUUCGUGUUUGGAGCUCAAAUUGCUCCCUUACAGUUUAAUGGUUAAGUUUAUUGAAUAUGCUAUUUCUCAUCAUGUUCAAUGCUUAAUUGUUCAUUUUCGGUCUGAUCAUAAGCCUUAUAAGUUAUCUAACUUUAACUCUGAUUCGAUUCAGAAGCUGGAAUUAGAAAUUAAGCCUGAAGAUUCUCUUUUAGAAUCAGAUUGUUGGGAUUUACCUGUUUUAUCAACUUUACGCUUAAAAAGCUUGACAUACAGUUAUUAUAUAUCUGAUAAUCGAUUCUACAAGUUAGAGAAACAAUAUUUGACCUGCUUGCCUGCCUUGAGAGAUCUGUCACUUGAGAAGUGGGAUUUACACUCCCUUUUUAGUUUUAUUGACUUGACAACUCUCAUUCUACGUAGAUGCAAAUUGCCCAAAGUUUGGAAUUUGCCAGCUUUAACUAGUCUAACUCUUGAUGAUGUGAAAUUUCCUGAGAAUAUGAAGGACCUAUUUGCUGCACUUGUCAAUCUACGAAAUCUCAAAUUAACUUACGACGAUGUUUCUGUACAAAACUGUUUUGUACAUUGUCCUGAAUUGGUGAACCUGGAAAUCAAGACCCGCUACUGCUCCUACAAAGCGGUUCCUGACAGUACAGUUGUGGUUUUUGCUCCAAAACUCAGCAAUUUUACUUCUGUUGGUAUCUUUAGAAUCAUGUUUGAAGUUUCCAAGUUGGACUAUGCAAAUGUUAAACUGCAUGGUUGGAUAGAUGACAAGAACUUCUACUGGGAAAAGUCGAAAGAAACUUAUCAACAAUUUACCAUUAUGCUUCCCGCACUUGGUAGUGCCAAGAUUCUUAAUCUUGACCUGGAAGCCAUUGAGGCACUUCAAUCGAUAUUCGACUUUCUUUUAAGUUUCCCUUCUCCAUUCUAUGACUUAAAGUUUGUAAAGCUGCCACGUGGAUGUAAUGAGGCAAAUAUAUCCAGUACUCUGAGAAGUUACCUACUUGGUGGCUCUCCAACAGCCACCAUUGUCACAGCCCAGGACAUCGCUCCUUAUACAGAGGCAGCUACUGUGAAAGCUCAAAAUGUGGUGCUACAAGAGCCCUUGGGACCUCCAACCAGGGUAUUGGUUGAUUCUCAAUAUAUACAUAAAACUGCGUGUGUUGAAACUGCAGACCUGGGAGUGCUAGAAGAGCUUGUGGAGCAGAACUCUUUAUUAGAUGUUGAGAGGGUUAGACAAAUUAGUGCACCAGUUGAAAGGACAGGCAAUGAUCAGGUAAGAUCCUCCAGAGAUGAUAGUGAUUUUGCGUUAUGGCAGGGCCAUGAGGUUAACUGUGAGUUUGUAUGUCUGCUUGAUCUCAUUAUGGAUAAGUACCCAGAAACCUUUGAGCACUUCACCACCAAAAACAAGAAAUUUUGUACAAUUAAGCUGAAUACCCUGUGCACUUCAGUGAAUGACUUCACCAAAAUCUCUAUGACUGAUGUUGACACUGAGAUGAUUUCCGAGUACAGGGAUGUAUUUGCAGAGUUGCAGAAAUUCGGAUUUAACGUGAGUUGGCUUGUGAGCCGUCUGAACUACAUAGAACAGGUCCGGUUUUCACAGCCCCUAUUUUCGGAGCUUCAUGCAAUUGACUCUCAUAUUGUUGAUACCAAAAGUAAGUUACAAGAGUAUAAGACUCUUUUUGAUGAUACUAUAACUAAAUUAAAGGAUCUGGAGACUCUCCGUGCUGAAAAGAUGAAAGAGAUUCAGAAAGCUUUUGGACCUGCGGUCACAAACCUUGUUGUUGGCUGCAUAGGAGAUGAUCUCUUGUCAAGCCCGUAGUUUUCUGAAAAUGAGUCGCAUGAUUAAGAUUUGUUUGGAUGCCGUUUAUCUAUUCUAGUCAGGUACUCAAGUCUCUGGUAUCUAUUGUCAUCCUGCAUGUAGACUUUAUGUUAAAAUAUCCUUGUGUACUCAAGUUUAUGUUAAUUAUCACAAAAUGUGAAAGUAAA